AUGACUGAUACAAGUAUAGAUGAAUUAUCUCCAUUAGUUUUUCAAAUAUCUCGCAUUUCACCUAAAGCAGAUAAUCGAACAUCGAUUCAAAAAAAAUUUUCUGUUUGGUUAAUUCUAAUAACAGUUGCUUUGGAAAGAUUAGCAUUUUUCUCAUUAGUUGGUAAUCUUAUUCUUUUCCUUACAUCGAAUUCUAUUCGUUGGACAUCACUUCAUAGUAUAAUGGCUUCAUUAAUUUUUUACGGUACAAGUUAUAUAUCAGCACUUGCUUUCUCUUGGAUAAGUGAUGCUAAAUUAGGUCGUGCAAAAACAAUUCUAAUUGGUUUUGUUGUAUACAUUAUUGGCUAUUUAUUUAUUCCAUUAUUUUCAAAAGUUGAAAUAUUUGAAACAUUAUGUAAUGGACGACCAACUCAAAUCGACGAAUCAAUGCCAUAUUCGAAAGAAAAAUGUAGCAUUCCAAUUACCACCGUACUUGUUGUCACUGCAAUUGGUGUAGGAACAGUUCAAUCAAAUAUGGCUAUAUUAGGAGCUGAACAAAUUCAAGAACAAAAAUCUACAACACAAUAUUUUUAUAAAUAUUAUAUUUCUGUGACUAUAGGCUGUCUUCUUGCAUUUGGUUUAAUUGCUUAUAUACAACAGAAUAAAUCCUAUUUUAUAGGUUAUUUAAUUUCAAUCAUAUUACUUGUUGUAACUUUGGUAGUUUUUCUUAUUGGAUAUAGAUGUUAUAUUCAUAUAAAACCAUAUGAUUCUGUACUAACUAAUUUUUUUCCUGUUUUAAUUAAUGCAUUUCAAACAUGGCGUAAACAUCGAUGUUAUGUACGUAAAAUGUUCAGUGAACAUAGAUUUUCUAAUGAAUCAAUGUUUUCAAAUGAUCAAUAUGAUGAUAAUAAUAAGGAAGAGUUUUCAUUUAAUAUGAAUGAACAAUCCAUAUCAUUUUUUGAUUAUGCUAAAGGAAAUAAUAAUGGUCGCUUUCCAGAUCGUAUUGUUGAUGAUAUUAAAUCACUUCGACGUAUUAUCAUAAUGUUUCUACUUUUAGUACCCUAUUGGCUGAUAUAUUUGCAGAGUAAUACAACGUUUAUUGUACAAGGUGUUCAUAUGAAAAUACCACUAUUGCAAUCACAUAUUAAUCGUAUGCCUAUAGUUUGGCUUUCUCUUUGUGAUCAAACAGUUCAUAGAGAAAUUAUCUUAAAUCUCUUUACAAUUGAUCAAAAAUCAUUGUUUAUUCUUGUAGUUGUCAUUUUCAUUCUAAAUACAUGUUUAUAUAAACGGCUUCAUAUUAACAAUCGACCAUUUUCAAUCAAAAUACGUAUGGUUAUUGGAAUGAUCUCAGCUACACUUUCCAUGUGUCUCACCGGUAUAGUCGAGAUAUUUCGUCAAAAAAAAUGUGAUUCAUCUUUUCAACAAACCAUUGGCAAUACGACUUAUUACGCUGCUGAUAUGUCAAUAUUGUAUCAAUUUCCACAAUAUAUUAGUUUAGGUCUAUCUGAAGUAUUUACUUCAGUAGCUAGUCUUGAAUUUGCUUAUUUGGCUGCACCUCAAUCAGCUCAAUCACUUGUAAUGAGUCUUCGUUUUUGUUCAGUUGGUCUUUCAUCAUUUUUGGGUUCUGCAUAUAUUAACAUAUAUGAAAAUGUUUAUGAAAAUUUUACAGUAACAAAUUUAGAGUGUAAAGAUACUGGAAAACCUGAAUUGUUUUAUAUUUAUUUUUUUGUUCUUGCUGUUAUUCAAUUUAUUUUUAUUUUUAUUUUUCUGGGAUGUGAUCGUAAAUUUCAAAUACUUAAAGCUUCACAACAUCGAUUUGAUACACAUUUAUUUAUAGGACCAAGUUCUCAAACAUCAAAUAUUUGA